AUGCCGCCCGCACCCCCCGCCAGCGCCAUCCGCCGUGCCAUUGGCACUCCUGCCUUCGUCUAUGGCACCGCCUGGAAGAAGGACGCCACCGCGAGCCUCGUCGCCGCCGCCCUGGCUGCCGGCUUCGUGGCCGUCGACACGGCCGCCCAGCCGCGCCACUACCAGGAGCCGCUCGUCGGCCAAGGCAUCCGCGACGCCCUCAGCGCUGGCCGCCUCGCCAGGGAGCAGAUCUAUGUCCAAACAAAGUUCACGGCGCCGGCGGGCCAGGAUCCCGACAAUAUGCCCUACUCGCCCGAGGACCCCGUCGCCGCCCAGGUACACGCUUCUGUCAGGUCGUCCUUGGUGAACCUCGCCGUCGGCUCCGAGGCGUCGUACAUCGACUGUCUGCUGCUCCACUCUCCGCUGCCCAAUAUCCGGCAGACGCUGGAGGCGUGGAGGGCCAUGGAGACGUACGUGCCGCACCAGGUCCGCCAGCUGGGCAUAUCGAACGUGUCGCAGCCCAUCCUCGAGGUGCUCUGCCGCAGCUCGACGGUCAAGCCGGCCGUGGUGCAGAACCGCUUCUAUGCCGCGACCGGCUACGACGUGUCUCUGCGCCACUUCUGCCGCGAGCACGGUAUCGUCUACGAGAGCUUCUGGACGCUGACGGGCAACCCGCAGCUCCUGCAGUCAACGCCCGUCUUCAUGCUGGCGCAGUUUGCCGGCGUCAGCGCCGAGGUUGCGCUGUAUGCGCUGGUCAUGGCCGCAGACGUGGUCGUCUUGAACGGCACCACCAAUGCCGCCAGGAUGAGAGAGGACCUGGAGGGCAUCCAGAAGGUGCAGGCGUGGAGCAAGACGAAAGAGGACUCCUGGAACACCAUCCUGGGAGACUUCAAGCACAUGGUUGGGGACGGCGAGGCGAUGGACGAGUGA